AUGGAGCUUGUAAGAAUUAAAGAAGAAAUACAAGAGGAAAUUUUUGAACAUGUACUGUUUAAAGAAGAAAUACAAGAAGAAACCAUCGAAACUGUUACAUUGGAAUAUGGAAGGGUAAGUGAAGAAUUGAUUGAUAAAAAGGAUAAUGAAAUAAUUGGUGAAACUAUCUUGGAAAAUCGACGGAUUAAUAAUAGAGAAGAACGUUUUUCUUGUGAAGCUUAUAAUUUAAUUAAACAUAAAAGAAUCCAUACUGGAAGUAAACCUUUUUCAUGUGAAUUUUGCGAUAAAAAAUUUAGUAAUCCUAGCAAUUUAGUAGUUCAUAAACGAAUUCAUAUUGGAGAAAAACCUCUAUCAUGUGAUGUUUGUAAUAAGACGUUUAAUCAGCGACAGAGUUUAAUUAGACAUAAACGAAUCCAUACUGGAGAAAAACCUUUUUCUUGUGAAGUUUGUGAUAAAAAAUUUAAUUCACAAAAUACUUUAACAAGGCAUAAACUAAUUCACACCGGAGAAAAACCGUAUUCAUGUGAAAUUUGUAAUAAAAAAUUUAGUCAAAAACAUCAUUUAAAUGGACAUAAACGAAAUCAUUUACGAGAAAAAGAUUCGAAUAUGAAGUCUGAAACUGUUACGUUGAAACAUGGAGGAAUUAAAGAAGAAAUACCAGAGGAAAUUGUUAAAAUUGAACAUGUAUUUAUUAAAGAAGAAAUAUCCGACGAAAAUUUUGAAAGGGGACCUGUACCAAUCGAUAACGAAGAUAAACGUUUUUCUUAUGAAGUUUGUGAUAAAACGUACACUAAUCAACGCAAUUUAAAUGUACCUAAAAGAACUUAUAGUGAAGGAAAAUCAUUUUCAUAUGUGUAA